GAGGGAUCCACCCUCAGUUUCGCUCUCGCCUGUUUAUAAGGCAAAGUGCGAUGCUUUGGAGCUGAAGUUGUGCGACAGAGAGCGAGUGAACCAUCGUGUCUUUCCCACUCAACGAUGAGGACACCGGGGAUCUUGAUAAUCGGACUGGUGCUUGCGCCCUGCGGAUGGAUCCUGGACCUGACGAGCACAGUAGCGCCCAGCUGGCGCCAGCUCUAUAACAUCGCCAACCAGCCCGUCGACAUGGUGCUCAACCAAGGCAUCUGGGACAUGUGCAAGAGUUUCACCACAUCCAAUGACAUUGUCUGCAACCUGCGAGGCGACGACCAAACGUAUUUUAAGAACCAGAUCAUUCCAAUCGCACAGGGUUUGAUGAUCGCGUCGCUGAUCGUUACAGCAGUCGGGCUGGCCGUGGUCACGCCGGCCGCGCGCUGCUGGACCGACCGGCCUCCGCGAUGGACCAUCGCUGGAAUCGGCGGCCUGCUCAUUUUCUGCUCAGGGGUGCUCACUAUCAUCCCUAUCGCGUGGUAUACGCAUAUACUGACCAGCCUCAACACGACUACCGUCUUUACCAGCCCGCAAAACCCGGACAUCCGCGCGGGCUAUUGCAUAGUUCUGGGUUACAUCGGUGGGAUCAUGGAAGUGCUGGGAGGUUUGAUCAUAUGCGUGGGCUUCUGUCGAUGCUGCGGCGGACAGAAUCGCGGAGAGAAGCCGCGACCAGCGCGCGCGCCCCAGAGCUCCGCUCGUGCGCCCCAGAGCUCCUCUCGUGCGCCUAAUCCGGUCCCAUAUCCGCGCACCAACAUACCGAGGAGCGUCACGCGCAGCAGCUCGAGCGUGCCGUAUUCCCGAGACUCUCUGGACGACGAGCUCGAUUACCCGAGAGCCAAAGCUCAAAGGAAAGGCACGGUUAACCCUUCGUACAACGGAAGACCUUACGACGCGGAUUUGUGAUGAAGGACAAGCUGGACUUCAUCUCACACUUCCUCCAUUAACGCUUCCAUAUGGCGCGCUCACUGGCUACUCUGGUCUGGUUUACUGAAGUAUCGGUCACGUAGGGCUAUAAGUUUAAAGGUUCGAGUGACUAUUUAAAAAAAACUUACCUGUGAAUUACUGUGAAUAAAAUUCUGUAUUGUUUGUAAGAGCACCUCUAAUACCAUCACUAAAAUGUGCCAUAUUUCUCGAUAUUAUUCUCUAUAUUAACACUAGUGCUGAGGGGAAAUGUGAUUUUACUUCAAACAUCUACUUUGUUUAUGUGCCUGAUUGAGUGGGAACAUCUGACAGACCUGCCUCUGGUUUUUUAACUCUAGAAAAAUCUGCUGAGAAGAUCUUUCACCUGUCAUGUAUCAGUGGUAAAUAGUCACUUGUGUAAUAUAUGAUGACACUGAACACAGGUGAACACUUAGUAUUGCUAUGCUUGAAGCUUUAACUUUGUAAAUAUUGUAAAUCGUGUGUUGAAUCUGGAACUUCAGGACUGUGGACUAAUAAAAAAUAGGCUAUCAGUUAUUAAUAUA